UCGAGUGAGCAGAUGACCAAAUAAUCAUAUGACUUGACUUGUGAAAGUUGAGCACGUGACUUUUAUUUACCGUUCCAAGUUGCAAGUAAAUAUAGAACUUUCUGCUCUACGAAUUGGUGUCUGGAAGAUGUAACCGAAAUUUCUUAAAGAAUUUAUAUUGAAGGUAACGGAAAGUAUGGCUUUACUGAACAGGUUGUUUCCGUCGAGAAAGAAAAGUCACAAGCAAGGUUAUGUUGCAUUUGGUAAAAAUGAAACUGAAAGUUGGAAGCCGUUCAACUUCAGCAAAGAACAAGUAAGGAUUCUCUUGUUUAGGGAAUGUGAUUGGAGAGGUCGUAAAUUAUUAUUUGACUCAAAAGCUGUUCAAAAAGUACCUUUGGAUAAUCGGCCCUGCAGCAAACUUAAAUUUGGGUCACGGCAGAAGUUGGACUACAAAAAGACUGAUUCAUUUGUUGAAGUAACAAAUGGAUUUGGUUACCAGUAUACGAGACCAAACUCAGAUGUGACAGUCCUCGGUGAAAUGAUAUUUGGUUCCGUUGCAAUGGCAUUCCAAGGCAGUGUGUUCAAGGUUCAUAGUAUGAAGUCACCAUCUCGCCUUAUGUGUACAAAAGUCUUCCAUUCACCUGUAACAGGCACUCGCAGCAGAGGAGUAAGUGACCGCAGCCUGGAAGAUUCUUGUGGCAGCUCAAUCAACUCAAUGAGUGAAUACUUUGUUUCUCAAGGCAGCUGCUCAGAUACAAGGCAAGCGAGCGUUGGGAGUGGUCCCCUGGAUAUUGAGCUGAAGACGAAGCAUCAUUACAACAGUUUAGAGGUGGACAGCGGUUUCUGUGGAGAUGCUUCCCUGAAGUCAACAAGUAGCGUGGGGUCUGGCGGCUAUUCAUCAUGUGGAAUUGGGACUUACACUUCCAGUUCAGAUUCCAGACGGAGUUCUGGCUCAUUCUACAACAAUCCAGUGUCAUGUCCCUCUGGUGGCAGUCUGUCAAGCCUUCAGCGGCGAUGGCUGAGGAACAUGAGCACCUCCUUGGAGCUUGGCUUGCAUUGUUCUCCCUUGUCAUCUAGAAGCACAAUGAAUGACCUUCCUAAUGAUACUAGUCAAUCAGGGCACCGUAGAACAAAACUUGGGCUUGCUGUAGUGAUUAAUCUUACACCAGAGGAAGAAAAAGAAAUGCACUUGUUUUUCUUCGAACAUAUGACCGUGGUGGAAGGAAUGAUCGAAAGACUUCACAGCUGUGUGGAGCACGCCUACCUGCACAAGGAGAUGUUUGUGCAUCUCAUGAUGGAGGGAUCCGAGGACAUGCAGCAGUGGUUGUUUGAUGUGUUUUCGGCAUCUCGAUUGACUUUCCCGGUUUGGUUGGGUCUUACAUCUGGCUUGAACCAUCUCAGCUCAUCCCUGUCAUACAACUUCCUGCAAGACUUCUGCCAUCUCAUUGCAAACAUUGAUACCAAGGCUACCAACUUUUUUGUAAGCACUCUGGUGACAGCUGUGUUGACAUAUCAUUUGGGCUGGGUUGCCACUGUUUUUCCUGGAAAGAUGGCCCCUCAUCAAAUCACGAAGAAACCCUGCACUGGGCAGCUGUUGGAUGCAUUGUCAAAAUCACACCCUUACAACCCUUUGUGGGCCCAACUUGGAGAAUUGUAUGGUGCAUUGGGUUACCCACUGAAGAUUGCAAAAACAGUCGUCACAUCUGGUGCUAAGAAAGUGGAGCUUCUGAAUAGAAUUUUGAGUUCAUUAACAUACUUUAUUCGCUGCAGUGAGGUAGAGAAACGAGUUGUUGUUGAAAGUCAAGACUCCACAGAGGAGCAAUUUGGUGAUCUGAGUGCAGCUACAAGUUGUCAGUCCAACAGUUCAUCCAGAACUACUUUACUCAACGAAGAUCCACAGCCUUCUCAUUCAUCGUUCACAAGACGUUUUCUUUCAAGUCAUGAUGUAAUGACAGUGUUUGAUAACAGGGUUGAUCAUGGGGUUGAGAUAGGUAGGGAACUUCAAGCUGAAAAUAGUUUUUGUCCAUUCCCAGAUAAAUGCAGUAAUAAUAUGAGAAUGACGUCUAGUCCGUUGCCUUCUAAAGUUAUUAAAGGUGACUGUUAUUCAGUUCACAACAUUUGUGACAGUAAAGAACGUGAUUUUUCCAGUGCCCAAAAAUCUGUUCCGUUAGAUCAAUCGAGUGUCGGGUACGUUAGGAAGGAUGGUCAUUUAUUAGUUCCACCAGGAGGCGGUAUGAGGCGAACUCCCAGUUUCAUGAAGAGGCUAGACAAUACUAUCAGUGCAAUAGAACUUGAGAACUCAGAUCCAAAAUCCUGUGCGGGAACAGGUCGGCUGUAUCCAAGUCUAGCAGAUUUACAGAUCGAUGAUGAAACUGAAGACAGCAAGUUUCCUUUACAUCCUGACAAUAAACCUAGCGUAGCAGACUUAGAGAGGGUUGAACUUAAUAAUGUAAAGAGCGAUUUCUCAUUCCGGCAUGAAGAUAUUUCUUUGAAAGUAAGCAGAUUGUGUCGUGUUCCCACUUCUGCGAUACUGUAUCACCUUCAGAAUGAGGAUAAUGGGAAAGAUAGUAAAGUCGAAGAAGUGCUUCUACCAAAGCGAGUGGAGAGUGAACGGCAGAGGUCUUCUGUUAAAACUUCUCCUAUAUUCAAAGCAAAACCUAGUGAAGUUUUAGAAAACUCAGAGAAUCUAUUGUCAGGUUCAUGUACAGUGUCUUGUGAAAAAAUUAGUGUUAAGAGUGUUAGUGAAGAUGAAGACAGGUCAGGAAAAGGUGAUGUAAUAUUUGUGAUAGGUGACAAUGAACAGUUGAUUGAUAUAAAACAGUCACAUAAAUGUGAGAGUGAGCAUAUCGAGAAAGCCGUGUCUAAUGACAAGAAAACUUUAGAUCAUGAUGCCUGUGAUGAUUAUCCAUCUGUAUUGAGUACCUCUAGUCUACAUGCCCCUCCUCUCUUUUGUGAACAUGAAUUUGAUUCAGCAAAAAAAUUUCAGUCAGAUACAAACGUAGGUUCAGGGAAACAUGACUUUCUAGAAGAAAAUAUAAAUGUUCCUGGAAGAGAGAAAAGAACCAAGCAGUGUACAACUUGUUCUACGAGCAAGAGUGGUUAUCGAGUCAUAACAGUCCGUCCAUCUGUGAUAGAACUUGAACGUGAGCAUGGUGGAUUAAAAACCGAUUUGUCCGUCGAGAAUUAUGUGAGAACCAGCAGACCCGUGUCACGAUCUCUCAGCCUUCUAAGUCCAUUAUCAGGUGAAAAAGUAGGAAAGAACACAUCACCUCUUUGUCGCAGACACAGCGAUUGUGUUUGUGAUAUUAGCCGUUAUCUUAAGGCUUAUCACAGUGUGCGGUUUCAUUUUGAGCGUUGUGAAGGGGUUCUGAUGAAUUAUAUAGAAGGCAGAGACCAGAAGAAAAGUUUACAUCAAACAGACAAGAAGACAGAUAAAGUGGCAGAGGCCAGAGGGAAUUUUUGUUUACAUGAAAGUUCUGUAGUUUGUGAGAAUUAUAGCUGUUUAGACACGGAUACUUUCAACAUCGGUUGCAGAACCGUGAUGGAUAAAUCAGUGGUAGAUAAAAUCAGUGACAAUCUUGACAUGUGUGUAAUGGGGGGUCAAAAAUAUCCAUGCUGUAAAAAUGGUUAUGUAAGUGAAGGAAAUGCCAUCUUUGAUAAUUAUAGCAGCCUAUCAGAAGACGAUGUUCUCUGUGAUAGUACCUCCAAUAGGAAGAUAGAGGAAGAUGGAAUAACAUCUGCCGAGCAGCAACAGUAUGAAUCCUUACUUGAACUGCCCAUGCCAAGAUGCAGAGCAGAGAAGCUUGGCAAGCAGAUGUGUGGUUUUGCAGCUUCACUCAUGGGCAGUACAAGUGAUCAUUACAUACCUGACAUGGUUUUGCAAGGCUGCACACAAUUACCUAAGAGUUGGGAAGCAAAUCUGAGACGAGAUUUGUCACUCACUGCACACCAUCCUCUGUGGGAUCAAGAAGUGUCAGAGGCUGUCUGCAUCAUUGCCAACGUUGACACCUGGGAAGUUCAGCUGGUUUCAAGCCACACAUAUGUUGUGGAUAAACCAGGAACUCUGGGAGUCCGAGUUGGCAUGUCGCAGCUUGUGGCCAACAUGCUAGAAUCACUGCUCUAUCUGUGGAGGCUAAAGACUUCUCCUGAACAUUGUUUGCUGCAUUUAGAAUCCAAAUUGAGGGAACUGUUUCUGCGUAGUCAAGCUCUAGCUGAGCUGUUAAUGACGACAGAGUUUUGUGACAUGGAACUGCUCACUACAAGCUUGGAUUUGGAUGCUAAUGAUGUGCCUCUCCUUCUGGCUGUUGCAUCAACUCAUACGCCACAGGUGACGGAACGGUAUGGACUCAGCUUUAGAUAAUGGUUUGGUGCACGCGUGGGCAGCACGAGCUGUGAAUGUAAACUACUUCAAACAUUGGAACUCCUUGUGGUAAGAUAAACUGUGCAGAUUAAUAAUGUACAAUGUAUCAUUACAUUGGCAUGUGUUACUGUACUUACUCGAGUACCAUGUUCCAAGAUUAAUCUGUGCUGCUACUUUUGAAUUCUGUGCAAUAUGUAUGGCAUCACAUCAAAAUUUUGUAACUGUGAGCAGGCAAAAUAUUUUUGAAUAAAAAUUUUCUUGGAUAUUAUCCAUCGUCUAGUAAAAUAUAAAACGUAAAACGACCUUUCGGAGAUGGGGCUCUAUC